AUGAAGUACAAAUCUCCCGCCGUAGAAGACUACUCCGAAACCGACGGCAGCCCAGUCCCAGCCGCCGAGAAGCGCAAGCGAGACCACAAAGUACACGAGACAUCGGAUCGCGACGACUCAGAGCAACCCCCGAACAAAGUAUCCAAGUCAACCAGUGGAAACCCCAGUUCUAAAGAGGAGAACAAAGCGGACCAUAACACCGGCGAAGCGGGGGACACGAAAAAAGGCGCAAAGCAAAAUCAAAACGAAGAAGGCGGCUUGGAGGGUGCUGAAGGACAAUCUGAAGAUGAGGAGCAUGCUAAACUCUCGGAAUCACCGAAAGUGCACAAGAUUAUCGAGGAGUUUGGCCGCCAGCCACUCGAGGGUACUUCCCUUGCGAAGGAGCCGCUCACUGCGUCUCCGGAGACGGUACUUGCGAUGGUGAUUGACGCAAUGUUGAAGUCGCGGCCGAUUUCGCAUGAUCUUUCGCAGCGUGCGGUGAAUAAGCUGAUUGACGAAGGAUAUCAUGAUAUCCGAAAGCUGGGGGAGAGUAGUUGGGAGGAAAGGACGUUGGUGCUAAAGGAUGGGGGUUAUAAUCGGUAUCGAGAGCAAGGUGCUACAAACCUAGGCGAUUUGGCGGACUUUGUCAAUGGGCAGUACGACGGUGACCUUAAUAAUCUUCUAAAAAAAGCUGGAAACGACUGCAAAAAGACCAGAGAUCUGAUCAAGGAGAUCAAAGGAUUGGGUGACCUGGGUGUCGAUCUCUUUCUAAACAACGCACAAAGCGUUUGGCCACCCAUGGCCCCCUUCUUGGAUGCGCGCAGUCUCAAGACGGCGGAGGAGCUUGGUAUCGGUACAGAUCUCGAGGCAAUCUAUGAAAGCCUGAAUCGAGACUCAAUGAGGAUGAGCAGACUGGCAAAUGGAUUGUCCCAUGUGCGGUUGGAUAAGAAGCAACGAGAGUUGAAGGGAGUUUGA